CAGUCCUCUGAUGGGCUAUGCUUCCGUAUACUGCCUUCACCUUCGACAAUAUGGUCGCGCUCUCGAAUUUAUCUCUGUGGCUAGGCCUCGGAGCGGCCGUGGAAGCGGCAGGGAAAGGAGAUACCCAUAUGCCUAUAGUUGCGCAGAGUAGGGGUCAGACGGUAAUGGUGGGGAACGAUGCAUAUUACAUUCCUGCUGCGCCGGAGUUAGUGUUUCCAGCUCCUGACGCACUCGGGGUUGACUUUGAGGACGCAUAUGUUCCUGUUACAUUGAUUCAUGAGGAGCAUGUACAGAAUUACCAAAAGACGAUUGAGCGGUUUGGGAAUGAAGAUGAUGUGUGGACGACAGCGUUUGCGGACUUGACGAUUGUUCACUCGCCAGAUUUGUGUCACCAGAACGGGUCUGCGGGGAUCGAUUCCUUUCUCGUUCCGCUGAAUGUACAGCAACUGAGUGAUCUUUCGGAAGGGCCAUAUUUCCUCAUGGCAGGAGCAAGGAACUGGAAGAUAUACAAAGCGUUCCGGCUGUACAACGACCACAAUUUCUCAUUCUAUUACGGCGUCAUAGAUGAAGGAAGCGGGAAAUUUAGCACCCUGCCCGCAACACACCCAUUCACAGACGGUUCCGCCACCAUCGCGGUACCAUCUCGACUAUACUAUGCAGCUCCAUCAUCCGAGAAGCCCCUUAACGGCGUCCGCAUCGGCCUGAAAGACAUCUACGACCUCGCCGGUCUCAAGACGAGCAUGGGCAACAAAGCCUGGUUCCACCUGUAUCCACCUGUCAACACCAUCGCAUACUCAGUCCAACGCCUCAUCGACCUGGGCGGUAUCAUCGUCGGCAAAACACGCACCAGUCAGUUCGCAAACGGCGAAGCCCCAACGAUCGACUGGGUCGACUACCACGACGCCUUCAACCCUCGUGGUGAUGGCUACCUGGACCCCAGCUCUUCAUCCGCAGGCGCUGGAUCCGCAGAGGCAUCGUACCCCUGGAUUGACAUGAACAUCGGCUCCGACACCGGCGGCUCUGUGCGAGCGCCCGCGGGUGUCAGCGGUGUAUACGGGAACCGUCCAAGCCAGGACGCACUGGAUACAUCAGGCGUCGUGAUACUCUCGCCUGAAAUGGACACACUGGCAUUCGUCGCGCGUUCUGCCUCUCAGUUCGCUGCUUGGGGCAAGGCAUGGUAUGCCGCAAACCCGCUCUUCAAAUCCUACCCUGCCCUCCCAUCAACACUGCUAUACCCACUCGACACACCUGAUAUAAACACAACGGCCUAUCCCAGCCCAGGUUUCUUUCCCUCAACUAACAUCUCUGCCCCCCUAUACGAAGCCUUCGUCGUCGCGCUCGAGCGCCUCCUAAACACCACCCGCACUCCAAUCGACAUCUACACCUCCUAUAAACAGACCUCCGGCACAAACCUCUACCCGCCCGACCACGUCGGUGAGGUAUGGAGCAAACUGACCACAUACGCCCAAUCACGCCUCGUCUUCCCGGCCUUCUUCCGUGACUACGCCGCCGCACACGACGGCGACAGACCCCAUCUUGACCCACCAGUCGCACGCAACUAUGCGUUCGGACUGAACCAGACCGACGCCGACGCUGCGCGGAUCCGCGCGUCAAAGGCUGUGUUCCAGGACUGGGUGCGCACGCGUCUGCUCAAGUCUGACUUCUCGUCUGCUUCGUGCUCGGAUGCUGUCUUGGUGAGUCCACUCGUGCAGGGCGUGCCGUCGAGUCGCGAGACGUAUGGCGUGGAACGGCCAAGUGGCGAGGAUGUUUACUUGGGAUGGAACAAAUACGGUAUUGCGCAGUUGGCCGGGGUGCCGGAGGUAGUGAUACCACUUGGGAGUGUGGAUUUUGAGAGUCCGGUGACGGGAACGGUCAAGAAAGCGCCGGUCGCGGUGAGUUUGUUAGCAGGAUACGGGUGUGACUUCAUGCUGUUUGAUUUGGUGGAAAGGUUGGCGCAGGAAGGGGCCGUGGUGGCGGAAGUGAGGACUGGAGAAGACUUGUAAGCGAUACGACGCUGAUUACUUGGGUAAUUGAAAGUGACAAUGGUCAGAUGUCGUUUCUGAUCUAUAUAGAUACGCUAUGUGGGUAAGAAGACGGCCGAGUGUGACGGGUUGUGAACCUCAUAUAUAUAUGAUAUCUGAAAAUAAGUGAUUUCUCGGGAUUGAAAGCAGGAGGCAUCACGGGGGGUAAUGAGCCGGAGCAAGAAAUGUGAUAGAGAUACCUGUCAAGUGACACUGGAGGCCCAACAGGAGCAAGUCCUCGUUUAAGGCGGGCAAAUUGAUAAUC